AUGUUCUCUACCAACAACGACGCCGAACGCCGUCUUGACUACUUUACCGUCGUGCGGCCAAACUACAAUCACUACUCUGUCGAAACACCUUGCUGCUCGCCUUCGCUCAACUCAAGCGAAGACGUCCACUGCUAUCCGGAGCACCCUCUUCUGGCCUCUCCCGACUUCGAUUCGCACCUGCUUGAGUCGCCAGCGCCCAAGAUGUCCGCCAACUUGAUGUCGCUGCAGACUGCUGCAGCACAUGGCCAUUCAAAGAGCCGACCACGGCCGUACCCAAUGCAAAACGUACUCUACGUCUCGAGCGACGAUUCUUCUGGAUCCGACAGCCGAAGCUCAUCUAUCAGUCCCAUGACACCAGUCGCUGCUAGAUGUUCAAGAUGCCAGCGAACGAACAGCGUCGACUUGAAGACGGGAAAGUCCAACAUGGUAUCUUAUGGUCUGAAUCUCUGGUACUGUGGCCGCUGUGCCACUCUGGUUGGCCUGAACAAGGGCUGA